AGAAGAAGAAAGCAGCGGAAGCAGAUGUGCGAGUUUCGUUUCCGAGUGACCUACUUUAGCGUUUAACAUCACUUAUAAAUCUUUACGUCCAACAAUGGAAUCGGUCGCUCUUCACAUGGCAGUUAACAUUUCUUUGAUGUCUAGUUUGUAAAAUUUUAACUCAAAAAGCGACACAAAACAAAUGAGCAUAGCUAGUUUAGCGCGUAGCCAAACAGACUAGCCGCUGUUAGCCUCUUUGAUUUAGCUAACUGCGAUUAAAAUGAGUUGUCAGACAUCGGCUGCGCCCUAAAUUCACUUGUUUUAUUUGGACUGAUCGUCGUAUUUGCUCGCCUGCUGAUUAUAAACCGCCGGCUGAUCAACAUUUACACAGUUGGCUAUCUCGGUUUCGCUCGGUCGCAGCCCCCUUGGAUGUUCAGUGCGUCAGGAAGUGACUCCUCAGCCUCAUGUCUGCUGAGGCUUCAGUAGGCAGUCAUGCUGCUGACCCGGCCCAGUCUGCUGUUUCCCAGCCUGCCUGCCACGACACCGAGGAGCUCAAAAAUCGGGGUUUGCUGGGGAGCAAAUACGUCAAAUUAAAUGUGGGUGGCUCGCUGCAUUAUACAACCGUCCAGACGUUAAGCAAGGAGGACAGUCUGCUGCGGAGCAUAUGCAAUGGAGGAACAGAGGUUUCCAUAGACUCUGAAGGUUGGGUAGUUUUGGACAGAUGUGGCCGACAUUUUGGACUGGUUUUGAACUUCCUGCGAGAUGGCUCAGUGCCGCUGCCAGAGGACCACAGAGAGCUGGAUGAGGUUCUGAAGGAGGCCCAGUACUAUCGGGUCCAGGGACUGGUGCAGCACUGCCUCGGUGCCAUGCAGAAACAAAAGGACGUCUUUGAAACGGUGUGUCGCAUCCCGAUGAUCACCUCAGCCAAAGAAGAGCAGAAGAUGAUUGCUACGUGUAGAAAGCCGGUUGUAAAAUUGCAGAACAACCGUGGAAACAACAAAUACUCCUACACCAGCAACUCUGACGACAACCUGCUGAAGAACAUUGAACUCUUUGACAAGCUCGUGCUGCGAUUUAACGGCCGCGUCCUGUUUGUCAAAGACGUUCUCGGGGACGAGAUCUGCUGUUGGUCUUUCUAUGGCGAAGGUCGCAAGAUCGCUGAAGUAUGCUGCACUUCCAUAGUCUACGCCACAGAGAAGAAGCAGACCAAAGUGGAGUUUCCCGAGGCUCGAAUCUUUGAAGAAACCCUCAAUAUCCUCAUUUAUGAGAACGGCAGAGGAUCUGGUCCGGGAGGCUUACACCUUUUAGACUCAAGAGGUUCGGGUUCGUCGCUGGGAGCCGAGGAAGAAGGUGCUGCGGGAGGCGACAGGCGAGUGAGACGGAUCCACGUGAGGAGGCAUAUAAUGCACGAUGAAAGAGGGCACGGUCAGCAAACUGUGUACAAGGACUAAUCAGGUGAAAAGCGUGGGAGAGUGACUUCACGUAGGUUCGUGUUUCUUUUGUUGGUGAUAGCGGAACGAGAGCGAUGUCCUCGGAUCAUAGCAAUAGCUCGGUAGUUAUUUCCUGAAAUGUCUUUGGACGUCACUGCACAGAGAGUUAGGAGGCGAUGACUGAUCUGUAACCGAAGUAAGAGUUGUGGGAAAGGCUUCUGUUUACAAGAAAAACAAUUGUGUACAUUAUUUAAAUAGGAAAUGCUUGUAAAAAAUUAUUCGGGACAGGAAACUGGCAUAAACAUAACUUUGCUAACGUUAAGGAACUUCCUGCAAGUUACUGAACGGGCCUAAAAACCCAACACUCGCCGCACCUGUUGGCGUGGGUGUUAAUGAUAUGCACUGGCGCCUCCUCUGUGUUUGACUUAUAGGAAACACUGUCAGUCUUUAUUCAGGUUGUGAAACAUCUGUUGCCUUUUCAUACGUUGGACCGAUGAUGCUGCCCGACUGUGAUGAACGGAGGACGGUCUAAGUUUAGCCGAGAUAUGUUAACACUGGAAUAAAACUGAGGAGCCAUUUUUAGGGAGGUUGUCCACGAAUGAGGUUGUUGAGCAGCUCCAUUUUUUCUUUGUUUAAAUUAUUACUGCUGUUGCUUCAAGAUGUUUUUAUUAAUUUAUGAACCUAAUUUAUUGUUUGGUAUUUAAUUUUUUUGUAUUGUAUGCAAUCUUUGUGUUAAUUAGUGCUCGAGUGAGUUUUAAUUUUUUUUUUUUUUUUUGGGGAAUGAUACGAUGCACUCUAUAGCACACACUCAAUUUUGAAAUUUCUCCUGUAAAUGACUAAAUAGUGAACUUAAAUUUCAGUUUAAUGUUUCAAGAGGAACCGUGACCAUUUCUUUGAUAAUGUUUUCUAUUCUGAGCCAUGAUCUGUCACUUUCGCUUUAUGUCUUACACCAAAACCCUGAAAUGUGCUCAAAGUAAUUGGCUAUACAGUGAUGUGAAAGGAUAUUAAUACCGGGUUGUAUUUUUAUUUCUCUCAGGGAGAGGAUGGAUAUUUUCUUUCUGAGAUUCACCAGUGUCUUGUGUAAACCUAAUCACUCUGAAUACUGAAAAAAAACAUUGAAUGAGAGCAAUAUGUGUCUCAGACCCUUUUAUAAAAUCACCUUGGAUACUUUAAAAUAUGCACUAAUAUGACUUCCGUCCAGAAGUGGUCAUGGAAAUGUUCUGAAUAAAUUACUUAUGAAAUUCAA